CUGAAUCACUUGCUUGUGAAGCAAAAUCUCUCGGCCAAUUCAAAGGUUUUAAAGAGUAUCCUUAGAAUGUUUGGAGGUCCUGGCCUGCUUUUUGGGAUUUGCAGCUUGCAAGCCCCUUUGGUCCCUUCAUAUAUUCCACCAAUCAUGCCUAGCCACUUAUUCUGAGUGAUUCAAAUCUGCCACCUCUCUCACAAACAUUGCCAUCAACAACAAACUUCAUCACAAACAUUGCUAUAAGCAUAAAAAGAUCAUCACAUUCAUCAUUUGAGCUUUUGAAGAAAGAAAAAUGAAGGGAAGAUACAUUUGUCUUCUGCUAGCUUUGCAAAUAGCGAGUCUUGUUUCUGCAGCAAGAAGGCCGUUUCUCGCAGCCCAAGAAGAGGCUUUACAAUCUUCACCACCAUACACUAUAGAAUCAAGAAAGGGUUUUAUGGGCAUACAAGAUGGGUCAGAGACAAUGCAGGAGGCACAUGAUAGAGUGAGCAAAAUAGGGUCUAGUCCACCAAGUUGUGAGCACAAGUGCUAUGGUUGUGUUCCAUGUGAAGCCAUCCAAGUGCCCAAUACAAGCAGCAGGCACAGCCAUUUGAGCAUCCAGUAUGCAAAUUAUGAGCCUGAGAGCUGGAAAUGCAAGUGUGGUCCUUCCUUCUACAGCCCAUGAACACUGUUUAAAUCCAUUCAAUAUUGUUGUUCUGAUAUCCACCUCAAGUUCAUAUUUAGUAUCUCUUUGUAGUUUGUGAAAAAUGUCAUAUUGAAAGAAUUUUAGUAAGUCAUCAUUAUGAUGACCAUUA